AUGUCGUUCAACCCAUACCACGUGCUCGGGCUGCACAUUGGCUGCACGGAGAAGGAGAUACAGAAGGCCUACAAGGUGCUGUGCCUCAAAUGGCAUCCUGACAAGAACCCGGAUAGGGUUGAGGAAGCCAAUCGUCGUUUCAUCGAGGCGAAGAAGGCGGUUGACAUUUUGCUGGACAAGGAAAAGCGCGACGAGUACGAGCAUCAGGCGAAAAGAAAGGCCAACCAAGAAGCCAAGCAGAAGGAGAGGCGAGAAAAGGCGGAUGGGGAUAGAAAACGAUUUAUGGACGAUUUGGAGCGGCGAGAGAAGGAGUUUGCCGAACGAGGAAAGCAUUAUACGCCUUCGCAUAGCGCGAAAGAAAGCGAUGAACGGUACAAGGCGAAGCUCAGAAAGGAACAUGAAAUGCAAGCGCGCGCCGAGGCCGAGAGCUUACGCAAAAAAUGGGAAGCCGAGGUGGAGGCCGAGAUUCGAGCGCAGGAUGAAAGAAUAAAGAGCCACGCCCCGCAGCCGCAUCAUGAGCAAAAUGACCCGGCGCCAAAACUGAAGGCAGCCUGGAAGGUCAAGGAAAAUAUGGACUACGACGAGACGGCCCUUCGGAUAUUGUUUGCAGAGUACGGCCACAUCGACGAGAUUCUCGUGCUGCCGGAGAAAAAGGGGAAACGAAGCGCGCUGAUCGUUUUCCAGGAGGGCGUCAAUGCUUGGGGUGCUGAGACAGAAACAGGAGCCGGUGACUGCGAAAUAUCCUGCAAAUGGAUACAAAAACCUGCGGCGUCCGAGAAGAAAGACACGUCUUCACAGGAAGAAACGGAAGAAGCUGCUGAGGCGAGAAAACAUAAUGAAUUCGCAGAGAUGAGCCUCGACGAUAUGGAGUCGAUGAUGAUGUCCAGCUUUAUGUCGACGCCCGACCGCAUCAACCGGAAGUACGGGAUCAAGCCGGACGAGAAGAUGCUGGCCGAGGGGUCGAUCGUGAACACGCCCGAGCACGCGCUACCGCCCACAAGUCCGGAGGCCGGAGCGUAUUCGAUGGAUGACGAGGCCGGGAUGCGGGCCGGAAUUUCCGGGACAGCCAUCGGCAGCUUCAACCCGUGCGCCAAGAAGCCGCCGGCGAUGAGCAUCGUCAGCAACUCGUUGCGCUCAUUUUUUCGGAGCGGUUCCCUGGCCUCGUGGAUGAAAAAGGAGCAAUCGGCCAAAUUCCUGACCAGCUUCAACCCGCAGCAAAUCGACACGGAUGUCGUGAGAAGUGUGAUUGAUUUUGAUCGGAUACCAGCACACGGCGCAUCACUACCGGGCGGCGCUCCCGGCACGAUUCCGGCCCAGGUCCGUUUUUUCGCUGGCCAGGAUAGCUUCGAGUCAGGGGCCGACGUUGAGAUAAUCGGCCUGGCCACCACACAACAUAUUGGAGGGGAUCCGGAGGUGACGACGACCCGGCCGAGUUUAUUGCCGAUGGGGCCGAGCAGUCUGGAUACGGUGAUUCCAAUUGGCGGUAGCCUUUCUGAGGCUAUGGCUGAAUCCCAAUGCGUCCCCCUGCCAGCCGUAAAGAAAAACAUCUACCACGGCAGCCGCGAAUAUUUUGCCUCGCAUAGACCCGUGGCGCUGCGAACGUCGACGCCGACCCCUUCGUUAAAAUCGAUCUGCUCGUUGGAUGGGGAAGUGUUUUUUGACCAGCUGGCCAAGCCGGAAUUACCCCCGCUCCGGGUUUUGGACCAAGUGCCCGAGGAGGAGCCCACCCCGGGCCAGCCGGAAUCCAGCCACCUCGAAACGCUGGAAACGAGGAGCGAGGAGCCGGAAGAUAUCGGACCUACCGUACCCGCAGUGGCAGCGGUGGAUGAAGAGGGAAAAGAGACGGACGCCCUACUCGAAACCUAUGGAGCUGCUGUUGGAAGGCGAAAUCGAAGAUUCCGAACACUAUGCGUGGUGCCGCCACCGUCAUAUCGCGAACAGCUUGCGUUUGGCGACUCGCGUCUUGCCAUGCCGACAAAAACGACGUUGGGCCGCCCGGAGCCAAUCGACAUCGUGCCCGGACCUACCGAAAGGCCACCGGCAGUCCCCUCAUUGGGCGAUAGGAUCCUGUUGAACGUCAAGUCAGGCAUUAUCGACAACCGGCAAAAUAAGAUCAGAACCAAGCGAAAGAUGGGAGAAGGUGUCUUCGGCAGGUUGUGCCUGCGAAAGAUGAAAAAGCAAAGUGAGCUGCCCGCCAAUUUGCGACAGCAAAUCGCCAAUACGUCCGAUGAACGCCCGUUCUUCACCUACUGGAUCACGACGGUGCAGGUGAUCAUCUGCCUGCUGUCCGUCCUCUUCUACGGGUUCGGCCCCGUCGGUUUUUCGAGGGUCGAGCGAAAAGAGCUAGUAAUGCACACGUCGGUGACGCUGAAGAUGGUGUCGAUGUACGAGCCGGCGAAUUUCUGGCUCGGCCCCAGUCAUGCAAAUUUGAUACGGCUCGGCGCCAAAUAUUCGCCGUGUAUGCGGUUGGAGCCGAGCAUUUGGAAGCUGAUCGAGAAGGACAGACGAGACGAAAACCAGACGGGCUGCUGCAUCUACGACGAUGGGAGUGGGUGUUUCCAGACGACUGAGGAGAAUUGCCCGAGCUACGGUGCCCGAUUCCACUCGUGGUCCACUCGGCCACCCCGGCGUCGUCCCAGCAAACCGCAAGUGUUGCCCCUUUUUGAUGCGACGUAUACGGGCGAAAAGGCGGUGGUGGAGGCGUUGUUCUCGGGCAACAGCAAGUAUACGGUGGGCCCGGUGUGCGGCCAGGAUCCCGGGAUGUGCAAAACGCCGCCCUCCUCUCCGCCGACCGAGUGGAAAAAUGACCUGUCGCAAUGGCCGAUCUGCGAAUCCGUCUACAAAGUGAGCGCGUAUCCGGACCACAUGAAGUGUAAGCUGACCGGGCGGCCGUGUUGUCUCAUGCAGUUGGGCCAAUGCCGCAUCGCUACGCGAGAGUACUGCGCCUUCGUCCAGGGCACCUACCACGAGAACGCGACAUUGUGCUCGCAGGUUCACUGCAUGGAGGAUGUCUGCGGAAUGGUGCCAUUUCUCAUCAAAGAUCGUCCCGAUCAGGCUUCGCGCCUCUUCAUCUCCCUAUUUUUGCAUGCUGG